ACGAGCUUUCUCUUUAGAUCUGCUCUUUUGUUAUCUUCUCCUUCUUUUACUGCCUACACUUCCUACAGCUACUCUUAACGGUCUGACUCGGUCUUCGUCUCUCGUUCUCCGGCUUCAGAUUCUACUUUCUCUCCAGCUCCUUUGGACCACUACAUUGUAUUUUUUUUAUAUUGUGUUUUGUGCUUGAUUGUCUGAUUGGUGAGCGUUGGAUCGAGUGAUUCUGUAAAUGGCUGUUUUCCGAGGAGUGUUGCCGGAGCUCCUGUGAGUGUCGGGGUCUCCGGUGGAGCUCCGGUUAAGAUGUUCAAGUCAGCUCGAUGGAGGUCCGACAAGAACAAGAUCAAAGCUAUCUUCAAGUUGCAGUUUCAUGCAACUCAGGUGGCACCGUUGGGGGAAAAUGCAUUGAUGAUCUCUGUGGUUCCUGGGGAUGUGGGAAAGCCAACGGUGAGAUCAGAGAAGGCUAUAAUCGAAAAUGGCUGUUGUCGAUGGGGAAAUCCGAUCUAUGAGACUGUGAAAUUUGCUAGGGAGCUCAAAACUGGGAAGAUCAGUGAAAGAAUAUACCAUUUCAUUCUCUCAACGGGAUUCUCAAAAGCUGGUUUUCUUGGGGAAGUGUCGAUCGAUUUUGCUGACUAUGCUGAGGCAACUAAAGUUUCUACUGUUUCCCUUCCCUUAAAGAAUUCACGGUCAAAAGCAGUUUUGCAUGUCUCAAUACAAAGGGUUCAAGAUAAUGUCGAUCAAAGAGAAACAGAAGAAAAUGAAGAUGCAAGCAUUAAAUACCAAAGUAGGAGUCUGAGGACCCAGUUAAGCAACAGUGAAGCUGAGGAAAGCAAUAACAGCAAUUCUACAGAAGAUAAAUCUCCUAGUAAAACUGUCCCCAGUGCUGAAUUGAAUGGCAACUUCGGAGCAUCUAGUGGAUCUGACAUUACAUUGUCAAGUUCUGAGAGUGAUUCUGGGCUCAAUACCCCGCGAGACCAGGUCCCUAAUAGCUUUCUAUCAUCCCUGAGCCACACUACAGUGCCCAAUAAACUAACAGAAAAUACCCAAGUAACAAUCUAUGAAGAGCAUCAGAGAUCACAAUGGGAGUGGUCAGUCAGUUCAGACCAUGGAAUAAGUACUGACGACUCCACAAAUGGUUUUCAAGACACUUUUUUACGAGAAAGGUCUGAACAGGCUUCAGAUAAUGAGAUUGAAAAACUCAAGUCUGAGCUUGUUGCUUUGACAAGGCAGGCAGAUUUGUCAGAGUUGGAAUUACAGACUCUGAGAAAGCAAAUUGUGAAAGAAAGUAAAAGGGGGCAGGACCUAUCCAGGGAAGUUGUCAGCCUGAAAGAGGAGAGAGAUCUACUCAUGGCGGAAUGUGAGAGACUAAAGACUUUUCAGAAGCGUAUGGGUGAAGCUAAAGUUAAAAACAGGUUGCAAUUUGAGGGCAGGGAUCCCUGGGUUCUUAUAGAGGAAAUCAGACAAGAACUGCAAUAUGAGAAGGACCUGAAUGCAAAUCUACGGAUACAAUUGCAGAAGACUCAGGAAUCAAAUUCUGAGUUAAUGCUUGCUGUACAAGACCUAGAUGAAAUGUUGGAGCAGAAAAACACGGAGAUAUCCAAUCUUUCCGACAAGUCACGAUACCAUCAGAAUGCUGAAGAGUUGAGGGGAAACAUAUUUAGGAGUGAGACAGAUGAUGACGAAGAGCAAAAGGCACUGGAAGAGCUGGUUAAGGAGCACAGAGAUGCCAAGGAGACAUACAAGCUGGAACAAAGGGUCAUGGACCUCUACAGUGAAAUAGAGAUCUAUAGGAGAGAUAAAGACGAGCUAGAGAUGCAAAUGGAGCAGCUUGCCCUUGAUUAUGAGAUACUGAAGCAACAAAAUCAUGACAUCUCAUAUAAAUUAGAGCAAAGUCAGCUGCAGGAACAACUGAAGAUGCAGUAUGAAUGUUCUUCUUCAUUUGCUAAUACAGGUGAACUUGAAACCCAGAUUGAGAAUUUGGAGAGUGAACUCAAAAAGCAGUCAAAAGAAUUCUCUGAUUCUUUGGCCACCAUAAAAGACCUUGAAGCCCAUAUCAAGGACUUGGAGGAAGACUUGGAGAAGCAGGGACUAGUAUAUGAAGCUGAUCUGGCAGCUGUGACACGUGCCAAAAUUGAGCAGGAGCAAAGAGCAAUUCAAGCUGAGGAAGCCUUGCGAAAGACAAGAUUGAAAAAUGCUAACACAGCUGAGAGGCUACAGGAGGAAUUUAGAAGGCUCUCUGCACAAAUGGCCUCUACGUUUGAUGCAAAUGAGAAGGUGGCUAUGAAAGCCUUUGCAGAAGCUAGUGAAUUGCGCACACAGAAAAGCCAACUUGAAGAAAUGCUCAGGAAAGCUCGUGAAGAGCUCCUAUCAGUGAGAGAUGAUUAUGAGACAAAACUACGUGAACUUUCCGACCAAUUAAAUAAGAAAACAGAGCAGAUAGAGCAGCUAUUAGAUGAUAUUGACCAUAUAUCCAAGAAGCUUGAACAGCAACAGAAGCACGAGGAAGAAGUUUGUGGGGCUCUCUCCAUGGAGAUUUUACAGCUAAAAUCUGAGAUUGAAAAACUCAGGACAAGCAAUGAUCUUCUCUCUGAAAAAGCAGAACAGAAAGAAAGUUUGAGAGUUGAAUUGGAAGAAAUGAAGACAUCAGUUAAGGAGAGUGAGCUGCUGUUACAAAAAGGGAAUAUGGAGAGACAUGAACUCGCAAGUCAAGUUGCUUUAUUGAAGAAGGAGGCAGAGAAAUCACAGGAGGAGCUACUGAGAAUAAGGCAUCUCAAGGAUGAAAAGGAGGCAGCAUUUGAACUCUUAAAAUCAGAGCUCGAAGUGCACAAGGCUCAGUGUAGUGACUUGAAACAUUCUUUAUUUGAGGACGAGUUAGAGAAAGAAAAACUUAGAAAGCAGAUAUUUCAGUUAAAGGGUGACCUUAAGAAGAAGGAAGAUGCAUAUACCAUUCUCGAGAAGAAGAUGAAGGAUGGCAACAGAAGAGGAUCAAUUUCUGAUGGAACAAGAACUUCUCUAAGAAACAAUAAACCUGCUCCAGUUGCUCAAGGAUCUAAAGAGGUUGCCAGUUUGAGAGAAAAGAUAAAAAUGCUUGAGGGACAAAUAAAGUCAAGGGAGACUGCUUUGGAGACCUCAACAAAUUCAUUUUUAGAGAAGGAAAAGGAUCUUCGCACCAAGAUCGAAGAAUUGGAGUGCAGAGUGGAGGAGUUCAAUCAGAAUAGCAGUUUAUGCAAAUUAUCAUUUGAAAAGGUAGCUGAAGAAAUAAAAAGCCAGAGCAGUUCAUCAUGCCAGUUCAAAGAAAAUGGAAAUAUCAUGCCACCAGUCAAUAGCAACGAUGAUAAUUUAUCUGAGAAAGAACUGAAACCAUCUACCAUCGAAAAUAAAAAUGGCAACCUCGAUGACAUGUUAACUGAAUUAGCAUCUCUGAAGGAAAAAAACAAAUCCAUGGAAAGCGAGCUGAAGGAUAUGCAAGAGAGAUAUUCAGAGAUAAGUCUCAAGUUUGCCGAGGUAGAAGGUGAAAGACAACAGCUUGUGAUGACGGUUCGCAACCUCAAGAAUGCCAAGAAGAGCUGAUAACCGUUUCCUUGUUUAUACACCGAAACCUAUAUACAAUGUAUAGUUGCUGCAGCUGCGCCGUGCCUUCCCAAAGAAAAACAAACAUAGACGUGGCGGUUCUAUCAGACUAU